CCCCACGACAGUCGAUCGCCGAAGUGGAAGGAAGGAAGACAUUCUUGCUUUUUUUCAAGAAGUGAAGACCUGUGGACGGGAUUCUUUUGGAAACGUAGUGAGCAACAUCAGAGCGCACACGAACGCGACAUGAUGUACGCCUUGAGAGCGGCCACGCGCACGGUGGGGCGAGCGGCAGGAACAGUGAUUCUCCAACCCACUUCUGCGUCACUCGGCCUCACCAGGCUGCCGCUCAGAGGUGUGGUCACAUCGAAACCAAACGCCAAAGAGGUAGAUCAGGGCCUUGAUAAGAGUGUCAAGGUUCAGGGAAGAGGUGUCAGGAUGCAAGCGGUACCAGGUAUUGCUGACGUCACGAUGAAACAUGACACCGGCAUGUUAAAGCUAUCGUGGUCGACGGGCGGUAACAACAUAUACCCAUACGUGUGGCUGCGUGACAACUGCCAGUGCCCACUUUGCUUCCACUCGGGUUCAAGUUCAAGAGUCUACCUUAUCGAGGAGCUGGACCUGAAUGCCAGGCCGCGCCGAGCCCAGGUGGCAGACGGCCGCGCGGUGGAAGUGGAGUGGACCGACGGCCACUUCAGCAGAUUCGAAGCGUCGUGGCUGCUUCCUCGGGCAUUCCAGUCGGCCGAGAACUACACACGAACGCCGUCUUACAAACUGGCUCCUCAGCCGUGGGGAUCGGAGCUGAUGGAGAACCUCCCUCGCGCGUCUUUCCCUGAGAUGAUGUCAGACGACUCGGCUCUCCUGAAGUGGUCGCAGCAGCUGGAAAUCUUCGGGUUUGUGAUGGUAAACGGAGCACCAGCGGAGCCAGGCCAGGUUAGGCGACUGGCUGACAGGAUUGCUUUCAUAAAAAAAACGCAUUACGGGGAAGACUUCACAGUUAUCGUCAAGGAUGACCCAAGCAAUGUGGCCUACCUCAGCGGGCCUCUGCAACUGCAUGCUGACCUUCCCUACUACCAGUACAAGCCUGGAGUUCAGUUCAUCCACUGCAUCAAGCAAUACGAAGGCAACGGCGGAGACUCCUUGGUAACGGACGGUCUGCACGCGGCUAACCUCCUGCGAGAGAUUCACCCACAGAAGUAUCAGAUCCUGACCAGCACGCCCGUGGACUGGUUUGACGAGGGAUCCGACGAAGUGGGCGAAUUUCUGAAAGUCUUGCAGCUUCCGAUGAUUUGCACCGACUCCUACGGCGACGUCUGCCGGAUAAACUUCAGUCAGCCGCAGCGAGAUUCUUUCUUCGACAUCCCGGCAGAAGACGUGGCGGCCUGGUAUGACGCCAUGAAAACGUACCACCAACUCCUGGCCGAUCCUGAGAACUGUUUGCACUUCAAGAUGACACCAGGCACUAUUAUGACUUUCGAUAACCUAAGAAUCCUUCAUGGUCGCACAGCCUACUUGUCAGGCUACAGUGCCAGGCACAUAGAAGGCUGCUACGUAGACUGGGACGAGGUCAGGUCACGACGGCAUGUGCUGGAGAAAAAAUUCGGCAUGAGCUCCCGUCGGGUGGUCGGUCAAGAGGAAUAGAACUACAAUAUACGUGUGUUGUUGUUAAAUAAAAAAAUAUUGAAAACCCA